GUUGCAAACAGGAAUUAAGAAAAAGAGCUUCCCUUUUGAUGGAGGAUGUCUGAGAUGAUGAAGGUGGAAGUGGAGAACCCCAGAGGGCGAAGCUUGGGCCCCCCCAUCCCUGCAGGAUCUACAUCAGAACUGGAGCAGACACAAGGCAGCAAAGAUCUCAUCCAGACGGUGGUAAUUAAAGAAGAAUUUGUCCGAGACUGGAGCUCCAGCUCUGAACAGCAAGACCACGAGCCCUUUGAUAUAAAGGAGGAGGAGGAGGAACUGUGGAUCAGCCAAGAGGAUGUGAAGAUAGAAGAUGAAAAAAAAUCUCAGUUUUUUGAACCUGAUCAAACUGACACUGGAGACGGCAGAGAAGCUGAAGCUCCAACCAGCAGCUCUGCAGAACAGCUGGAAACAGAAGCUAAUGGAGAGCAGUGUAGAGGACCAGAUGCAGACUGGACCCCACAUUCCUUUUAUUCCUUUCAGCAAAGUGACAUGACGGCAUAUAGACGAGAUAAAAUGUCUAAGCUGUGUUCUGGCCUCAUGGCUCAGGUUGAAGUCCAUGAAGGAGAAAAGCCAUAUGCUUGUGUUUUUUGUGGAAAACGAUUCAAACAUAAAACAUCAGUUAAAUUACACAUGAUGACUCACACGGGAAUUAGAGAACAUUGCUGUGAUCUCUGUGGGAAAGGAUUUAAGGAAAAACGUUUUCUUCAGACGCAUAUGAGACUGCACACUGGAGAGAAGCCAUUUGCCUGCCAUGUUUGUGACAGAAGGUUUCAUGCAAGAAAAUUUCUUAAAACCCAUCUUGUCGUCCAUUCUGAGGAAAAACCAUUUUCCUGUGAUGUUUGUGGUACUAGAUUUAAGAUAAAGGAAUGCCUUAAAAAGCACAUGAGGAUCCACACAACGGAUAGACCGUUUGUUUGUGAUGUUUGCAAUAAAAGGUUUUCCCUACAAGAGACUCUAAAAAGUCACAUGCGUGUUCACACGGGAGAGAAACCAUUUAUCUGUAGUGUUUGCAGCAAAGGUUUUUCACGAAAAGAGAGCCUUAAGGGUCACAUGCGUGUACAUACUGGGGAGAAACCGUUUAUUUGUAGCGUUUGUAAUAAAGGAUUUUCACGACUAGUGUAUCUGAGAAAACACGUUAUGGUUCACACCGCACCAUUCAGCUGCAGUGAAUGUAGUAAACUUUUUGUCGAUGAGAUUCAGUUAAAGCGGCAUGUUAGAUUUCACACAGAAGAGAGGCCGUUUGGUUGCGACAUCUGCAAAAGCAGAUUUAACCAAAAGCGCCAUCUUGAGAAUCACAUGAAAGGCCAUUCGGGAGAAAAACCGUUUGUUUGUAUUGUUUGCAGCAAAGCGUUUUCGCAGCAAGUCUCACUGAACAGACACAUGCGUGUUCACACUAAAGAGAAACCGUUUGCUUGUAAUGUUUGCAGUAAAGCAUUUUCUCAGCAAGGAAAUUUGAAGAGGCACAUGAGUGUUCAUGAGGGCUGCGAGUGAUUAUUUAUGCGUUGCUGAAUCAGAUGUUUGACAAAUCAUUUCUCUGUGCAAACCAUCUCUCUUUUCACUACUAAUAUAUACCUGACACAAAGCCCUCCACCCUAAAAUGUAUUUCCCUGAGAUGUCUUUACAUGUGUCUAGAAAUGUCCUCAACAAAUGUAAAAAUUAUCAAACAUGAAUUUGAAAUAUUCUUUCAAAAUAAAGAUAAAACCUAUAUUACAGCUCAUAACUUGUAAGAAAACUAAUGUUAAAAUUACAAUUUCUUUAAAUUAUUUUGGAGCAUGAAGAGAUCUUUGAUACCAAUUUGCAUUUGUAAUAAAAUUGCAGUUUAGAACCAUGGAAUUUUUAAAUCGCAGAGUCCUUCAGUUUAGGUUACGUUAUAUUUUUAUUCCAGUUUAAGUGGUGGUAUAAUAUAUGUGUUCUAAAUAAACUGAAAUUAUUGAAUUAAAUUGCAUAGCUACCCUUAAACAUUAAUUUAUUAUGUGUUGGUGGAAGUUCUACUUCACUAGGGACCGUUCAUAUUGGAACAAUUCUUUUAAUGAUACUAUCCCAUGCUUUAUGGUAGGGUUGAAGGAACCUUUGACACUGUAAAUACAAAAGAAAUUUUGCCUAUUUAGAGUUUCUUAAUUGUAAUAUUUUCUAUAUAUAAAUUAUUAUUUUUUUGCCCAGACCCUUAGUGCUUAUUAUUAUGAUGAAAAGGCCUAUAUUUACCUGUGAAGGUAAGAACAAGUGUUCAUUGUAUAUACAUAAAAGUAAGGUACGUUAUCUGACUUAUUGGUGGUAUUUCAGUCAGAUGAACACAUCCUUACAGAACCAUCCUCUAUAAAUUAGAGGGUUUUUCUUUGAUAAAUAUAAAUUAAACUGUACUGGUUGUAACUCUAAAGUGUGCCUGAGUUCUUUUAUAAAUCCGAUCAUUUAAGCAAGUUGUGUCUCUUCUCUUUAUGGCUUUGAAAUUGUUAAAAGCUUCAGUAUGUCAUUCUCUAAAGGUUUUAAUUUAAGGAUUUUUAACUUUGUCUGUUGUUUAUAUGUAUACCUCUCUGUUUAGUCUUGUUAUUGUUAAUUGUUGAUUUUUGGAAAAAUUUUUUUGACACUUUAACACCACAUUGUGCCAUGGUCAAAAUGAAAUUUUUUUUAUUUUUGCGUAUUUUUUUAUUUUUAUGUCAUCUAUACUAAAAUGUGUUGCGCUGUAUUGGUCAAGGAGUGAAAAUGUGG